AUGGCUCUGCAAGAGAUGAGGUGGCUUAACGAUGGAAUAAUCGAGAAUAGAAAUCACACAAUCUUCUAUAGCUGUGAUAAGAAGAGGCAUAUUUUUGGAACGGGUUUUGUUGUGGGCAAACACAUUCGGCAUCUUGUCAUGGAUUUCGUGCCAAAGUCUUCAAGAUUGUGUAAAAUUAGGCUAAGAGGAAAAUUCUUUAAUUACAAUCUUAUAAAUGCCCACGCACCUACAGAAGACAAGGAUGAAGACGAGAAGGAACUUUUCUAUGAGAACCUGUAUUUUUUAUAUAACUCCUGUCCACAAAACGACAUCAAAAUUAUUCUGGGUGACUUAAAUGCUAAAAUUGGAAAGGAAGCUGAGCACAGGCCCACUAUUGGAAAAUACAGCCUGUACGAAACAACAAAUGGCAAUGGACAGAGGCUCAUUCACUUCGCUGCAGAACAUAGCAUGGUCAUAUCCAGCACCUUUUUCCAACACAAGAGAAUUCACCAAACGACCUGGAGAUUACCAGAUGGAGAUACCUUCAACCAGACCGACCAUAUAUUGAUAGACUCUAGACAUAUGACGGACAUACAAAAUAUUAGAACCUAUCGUGGGGCCAACUUUGACUCAGACCAUUACAUGGUAAUGAGUAGGAUCAAGGCCAAACUAUCUAAUGCACGUAAAUGUCAUGGGAAACGUCUUGAGAAAUUUGACUGCGAACAAUUAAAGAUCCCUAGAGUCAGGGAUGACUCUCAGUCACAACUAACUAUGAAGCUUGAUGAAAAAGCAAUCGAAAAUAUUGAUUGCAUAGAUGGAAAGUGGACUUCUUUCAAAGAAGCCCUAUUGGACACAUGUGAUAAUGUAAUAAGCAAAAUAAAAAGAGCUGAGAAAAAGGAUUGGUUUGAUACAGAAUGUCGCAACGCGAACCAAAGAAAAAACGAUGCAUAUAAUAUGAUGUUCAGUAUAAAACAUUCGAGAACAUCUGUAGAGAAAUACAAAACUGCAAGAAGAGAAGAAAAGAAAGUUCAUAGGUUGAAGAAAAAGGUUCUUCACGAAGACCUCUUCAAGGAUGUCGAACAUCUCCGAGGGUCUAAUGAGAGCAGAGCUUUCUUUCGUGACAUUAACUUUGGUCGUCAGGAGUUCAAACCUAGAACUAACCUUUGCAGAAAUAAAGAUGGAGAUAUUUUAAGCAAUAAAACUAACAUUCUUAAUAGGUGGAAUGAACACUUCGACAACCUACUUAAUGUAAAGUGCGUUCAGACAGAGUCCUGCUCACCAAACGUUAACCAAGAGUGUAUUGCUCCUCUUUCAAUGAUUGAGGUUGAAGAAGCAGUUCAAAAACUUAAGAACAACAAGGCUCCUGGCCCAGAUUUGAUAUCACCAGAAUUCAUCAAAAACUCAGGACCAGAUGGGUUAAAGCCAUACAUAAUAUUCUAA